AUGAUCCGUUUGCUAGGAUGGAGAUUACUAGUACGGCAGCGAUUAUUCAAGUCGGAGGGCCAUCGAUUGCCGCUAGCAUGUAGGUCUUACAGCUUGCAAGUUCUGAGGCCCUACCAGCUUGAAUGCAUCGAGAAGUGUGUGAUGGCCAUCCAACAGGGUCAGAUGCGAAUCGGAGUCUCUAUAGCUACUGGAGGCGGUAAAACAGUGAUUUUCUCGCACUUGAUAGACCGACUGCGUGGGCUAUGUGGUGGAAAACACCAUAGGGCGCUGGUACUAGUUCACAGACGAGAACUGGCCCAACAGGCCUGCAACGUGCUAGGUACUUUUUUCCCGCAACUUAACGUCCAGGUGGAAAUGGGAUCCUUAAAUUGUGAUGUGCCCUCGUCAGACGUGGUGGUUGCCUCUGUGCAGACGCUGAUCCGCCGUUUGGACAGAUACAGUCCCGGUGAUAUUGACCUGAUCAUCAUCGAUGAGGCACACCACGCAGCUGCCAAGUCAUACCUACAAGUACUCAAACAUUUCGGGGCUGAUUGCAAGGAUAGUCCAAUCCCCGUGGUUGGUUUCAGUGCAACAUUUGAACGGGCUGAUAACAAGGCGCUCUCUGCCGUCAUGGACAAGAUCGUCUUUCAUCGGGGCAUUUUGGAGAUGAUCGACGACAAAUGGCUAUGUGAGGGCCGCUUCACGACAGUGGAUGUGAAUAUCGAUCUUUCUGAUGUUUCUAUCUCAGGCUCGGAUUUCCAGAUCGAUGGGUUGUCUCAGGUGGUCAACACCCAAGAAGUCAACAAUAUUGUACUCCGAACCUAUCAACAGAAACAGCAACAACACAACCUUCGAUCUACGCUUUUAUUUGGAUGUGACGUCCAACAUGUUGCCACCUUGCAAGCGUUGUUCCAAAACAAUGGUAUCAAUGCGGAGUUCGUUACGGCGAAGACUCGUCAACUGGAAAGAGACUCAAUUGUUGAAGAUUUCAAAGCCGGACGCAUACAGGUUCUACUGAAUUGUGGUAUUUUCACGGAGGGGACCGAUCUGCCGAACGUGGACAGUAUACUGCUCUGUAGGCCAACUCGAUCUCGUUCUCUGUUAGUACAGAUGAUCGGACGUGGGCUGCGCUUGCAUCACUCUAAGGACUACUGUCACAUAGUGGAUUUUGUUGGGGCUUCAAGCGUAGGCGUCGUGUCGUUUCCAACUCUUGCAGGGCUCGACGCUGGCAAAAUUGACCUAGACGAGGCGACAAUGCAAGAUUUGGCCGCAAUUAAGGAGGAUCUAGCUCUAAAGGAGCAGGCAGCAGAAUCUGAACAUAACCAGCGUAUGAAGGAUGAGAAACUAGCCCAUCAGAAGUUCCAGGAGAUUUUGAGAAAUGCCAACGCAUUCGAUUUGAGCCUUACCACGUUCGAAGAUUUCAUAUCUUUUCACAAGCAGACUGCGGCAUAUCAGAACUAUGAUGCACCCAUUUGGAAGUCCGCCCUUGCCAAGGAAAUCAAAUACAUAAAUGACUCCUCAUUCCCUUGGGUUCGAUUUGCCAAAGACGCUUGGGCCAUGUCACUGGAUAAUGGUCAUCAUUUGCGUAUUUACAAAAUCUUUGAAAAGGGUCAAAAGCGAAAGGAUAACGAUUGUAUCUACACCCUGAAGUUGUACUCAGAGUUACCGUACCAAAUUCGCGAUGAGCUUGGGAUGAAAUUCAGGUCUCGGGCCGUAAAGGCGUCAACAGACCUAGCUGUUGUUAUUACUGCUGUCGAAAAGCUAAUUGAGGAACUUAUAUCCCCGCCGGGGCCACGAACCCGUAAUUUUUCGAAGUUUGCUCCAUGGAGAUCCACACCAGCAUCACCCAAACAAAAAGGACUUUUGAAGAAUAAGAUAAAAAAGGUUCUUUUCAAAGAAGACUCUAAGUGGUCAGACAAGCUUUCGGCAUCUGAUGUAGAGAAAUAUGUUGAUGGUGUUACCAAGGGCGAGGCAUCGAACAUUUUAUUUGCGACUAGCUUGGCUCCAAUCUUCCCACUCAAUUCCCUCUGUAAAAUAAUGGCAUAUAGAUUAUAA